AUGGCGUCGACUACGGGUAUCAAGAAGAUCAAGGUGGUGAACCCCGUCGUGGAGCUCGACGGCGAUGAGAUGACGCGCAUCAUCUGGCAGGUCAUCAAGGACAAGUUCAUCCACCCUUACCUCGACAUCGACCUCAAGUACUACGACCUCGGUCUGGAGUACCGCGACGAGACAGACGACAAGGUCACGCUCGAUGCUGCCGAGGCCAUCAAGAAGUACUCGGUCGGUGUCAAGUGCGCGACCAUCACACCCGACGAGCAGCGCGUCGAGGAGUUCAAGCUCAAGAAGAUGUGGCUGUCGCCCAACGGCACCAUCCGCAACCACCUAGGAGGAACCGUCUUCCGUGCGCCCAUUGUCAUUCCCCGUGUGCCCCGCCUCGUGUCUGGCUGGAAGCAGCCCAUCAUCAUCGGUCGCCAUGCGUUCGGCGACCAGUACCGUGCCAAGGACCGCACCAUGGACACCGAGGGUACCCUCGAGAUGGUCUUCACACCAAAGGGCGGCAAGCCCGAGGUUAUCAAGGUCUACGACUACCCCGCAGGCGGAGGUGUCGCCCAAAUUCAGUACAACACGACCGAGUCCAUCACCGGCUUCGCCCACUCAUCCUUCAAGCUUGCGCUCGAGAAGAAGUUACCCCUCUACAUGAGCACCAAGAACACCAUCCUCAAGGCCUACGACGGAAAGUUCAAGGACGUCUUCCAGGAAAUCUACGAGAGCCAGUACAGGAAGGAGUUCGAGGCUGCCGGCAUCUGGUACGAGCACCGUCUGAUCGACGACAUGGUCGCCCAGAUGAUCAAGAGCGAGGGCGGCUACAUCAUCGCCAUGAAGAACUACGACGGAGACGUGCAAUCCGACAUCGUGGCCCAGGGCUUCGGCUCCCUCGGCCUCAUGACCUCCGUCCUCAUCACCCCCGACGGCAAGACGUUCGAGGCCGAGGCCGCCCACGGCACAGUCACACGCCACUACCGCGAGCACCAGAAGGGCAACGAGACAUCCACCAACCCCAUCGCCUCCAUCUACGCGUGGACACAGGGUCUCUCGAAGCGCGGCGAGCUCGACGGCACACCCGAGCUCGUCGUCUUCGCCGAGCAGCUCGAGAAGGCCUGCGUCGACACGGUUGACGUUGAUGGCAUCAUGACGAAGGAUCUGGCUCUUGCUUGUGGGAAGAAGGAUAGGGGUAGCUGGGUCACGACGAAUGAGUACCUUGAUGCUGUGGAGAGGAGGCUCAAGGCUAGUCUGAAGGAGAAGUUGUAG